AUGAGUUUUAUAAGUUCAAUGGGUAGUAAAGCAUGGAUUGUAGCGACUAGCAUGGCAGUGGUAGAAGUUUUGAAAGAUCAAGGCUUUUGCAGAUGGAAUUAUGCUCUUCGUUCUAUCAACCAGCAUACAAAGAUUGGUAAUGAUAUCAGAUCAUCAAUUUCUCAAGCUAAAAGACAAUUUCUUUCUUCUUUUCCAGAGAUGACGAAUAAUAAUGAUAGUAGUAAUAAGAAUAUUAUGAACAAAGAUGGAAAUGGAGAUUUAAGUGAUGAUCGUGUCACCAUCAGGAAGAAGCAUAAGCAAGAGGCGCUGAGGAAUGUUAUGUACAUGGUCGAUAUGGUUUGA